AUGAGCUACCCACAUCUUUCACUUAACGACUCCCAGCCCAGUGCUGGGUGUCUGACCUCAGACAGAACAGAAGACACUGCAGCAAUGAAAAAUGUUGUGGAACAACUUGAAAACAGACUAAGUAUUUAUGAUUUUAUGAAAAUGCAAGAGAUUUUUAUGUCUCCAGGUUUAAACAGAAGAGUGGUCAUGACUAGAGAAGAGUUCACAGAGCAGAUUUGUGCAGUGAUCAGACCAAGUACUAAAGAAGAAUUUGGUGAGAUGUUUGAUAAGAUAGAUGUGACCCGAGAUGGUAUCAUUGACUGGGACAAAGUGACCUCUUUCAUGCUCUUAGACCUUAAUGAGAAGGAUGAACGAACGAGAUCAUCAGUCAUCCCUCAGUGGAAGAAUCUCCGACUUCUUUCGCCCAUCCACAAAGAUAUUAUUCAAAAUGUAACUUUUUUGAAAGGCUCCAGCUGUUACCUGACUGUAAGUAGAAAUGGAUUGCUGGGAGUCUGGGGAGAAAACUUAAAGCUACAGAGAACUCUGCAGAUUACUACAGAAGCUGUCAAACUGAAAGAUCUGUGGGUAACAACGCUGGUCUCGCUAGCAAAUGUAAACAAGAUAGCUAUUGCUUUUACGAGUAAAGAGAUCUGCUUUUAUGAUCUGAAUUCCAAGCAAGGGUUGUCUUGUCAGUACAGGCUGCAUGGUCUCCGGGGAACAGUGAUAUGUAUGGACUAUUGGUAUAACCCUCAUGAUGGAAAUGAAGCUAUUCUAACAUUGGGGGAUGUCUCUGGACAGGUUCAAGCCAUUUCCUUUACCACUGCUCUGAUCUCUUUGUUUGAACGACCUGCUAGCUCCCCUGAAGGUGAAGAAGCAACAGUGACCAUUAGUUGGCAGGAGCUGGUCUCUGGGUAUCACAAAUGCUGUUAUACGUUAAAGCACAAACUUCAUUAUAAAGACUGGGUCAAGCAAGUUGCAUACAGCUCUUCCUUUGAUGCCUUUAUUUCCGGUACAACCAGUAAUGUUAACACAUUGGUGCUGGCUUGGAGAGAAAAAUUAAAGCCUCGUCUUAAAACUACAUCCUUCGACAUUGCCCGGGGAAUUAAUGCUUUUGACUUCCACUCUCGACUCAACUUAAUUGCUACUGCUGGCAUCAAUCACCGAGUUUGCCUCUGGAACCCCUACGUCACCUCGAAACCUGCUGGAGUUCUUCAAGGCCAUUCAGCCAGUGUAAUAGCUGUUCAGUUCAUUACUGAACGAAAACAGCUUUUCAGCUUCUCAAAGGACAAGGUGUUAAGGCUCUGGGAUAUUCAGCAUCAGCUGUGCAUCCAGAGGAUUGCGGGCUCAUUUCCAAAGAGUCUGGACUUCCAAUCCACCCUUUAUUUUAAUGAAGCUCACGGACGGCUUUUUAUCUCAUUUAAUAACCAGCUGAUGUUAUUGGAAAUGAAGCAGGAAACCAGCAGAAAGGUCACAAGUCAUGGGAAAGCAGUUACUUGUGUUCUUUACAAUUCAGUCUUUAAGCAGGUAAUCAGCUCAGAUACAGGAUCUACCGUUACCUUCUGGCUGAUAGACACUGGGCAGAAAAUCAAACAGUUUACUGGUUGCCAUGGCAAUGCUGAGAUCAGCACUAUGACACUGGAUGCAACUGAGACAAGGCUCUUAACUGGGAGCACAGAUGGAACAGUAAAGAUUUGGGAUUUCAAUGGACACUGUCACCAUAAACUCAAUGUUGGAAGAGACCGAGCAGUUGACAUCUCCCAGAUCAUGGUACUAAAGAGGACUAUCUUAGUUACAGGCUGGGACAGAAUAAUUACUGUCUUCCGACUGAGCAACUUGACUCAGUUUUUUGUUCUGCCUGCAGAAUGGAAAGGAGGAGUACAGCAUCAAGAUGACAUCCUAUGUGCUGCGUUUUUACCUCCACAUACUCUAGUUACAGGGAGCUGUGGUGGUGAAAUUGUUGUCUGGAAUAAUAGUACAGAAAAUGCUUACCUUAAAAUUUACCUGGAUCCCCAAAAAUCUCUGAAAUCCAAAUCGGGUGAGCGAGCUACAGAUACUCUGUUACUACAACAGCAACUUAGUUCUGCUCGAAGAAUGUCCUCUAGAAGACAUACAAUGUCUGUAGCUGACUUCUAUGACACUGACACUGAGUGCAACGAUGCUAUUACUAAGCUUCUGUUCCUAGAAGCUAGAAAGAAUAUUUCAGUGACAGGUGGAGCAAACUUAGUGUCAUGUGGAGGUGCUGGCUAUGUUAGGUUUUGGAAUACCUUGAAAAGCCAGCUCAUGGCAGAGUUUGAAGCCCACAGUAGAGCUGGAUCCAUUAUCAUGACCAUUGAUAAAAUGAGUCAAUACCUCAUAACGGGGGAUCUAGCUGGAUGGGUGAAAAUAUGGAAUAUACAGGACUACUGCCUUGGUUCCAGUGAGAACAAAGUAACCCAGCCACCUCCCCUGAUAAGAUCGUUUCAGCCACACGAUGACUGUGUUACUUAUCUGGAGACCUGUGUGCGAAGCAGUUGCCUGCUCAUCCUCUCCUCCUCUUCAGACUGCAGUGUUGUUCUUAGUGAUGUGUAUGGUACAACAAUUGGAAUAUUUGGCCAGGAAGAGCACUGGCGAAUUGAAAAUACUCCUUCCCACCCCAAAGGAGAGCAAAAUCAAGAUGAAAAUGUGGGCCAAAGGGAAGAAAAAGAUGACGUUCUAAAGAAAAAAGAAGCCCCUGUUCUUGGAGGAGAGCCAUCUCCUAAACCCCCGGAACGAGCUAUACUUGGUAUGGAAGACAAAGAGGAAUCUGUAAACAUGUUCAGUCCAUGGGAAAACACAAUAUUGGGUAAAAAAUACAAAGAAAGCAAAAUCCAGAAAGGAAAGAAACAUAAGUUCUUCAAUGGGAAGACCAUGCAAAACUCCACUGGAACUUUUAGGUCAUUAAAUAUUGGAGCCCUCGAGGCAGUUGUUGAAAUGAACAAGCCUGACUUUGUUCUAAACCCUGACAAAUACUUCGGGGAAAUGACUGAGGAGAAGUGCCCUGAAAAUCUGAAGCUCCCUACUCUUUCAGAAACAUUGAAAGCUAUAUUUGAUGAGAAGAGCCUGUUCCCAAAAGAAAUUCUGGACCGUGAACAAAAAACAAGGCAACUGUGUGAGCAAAUGUGCAACGAAGGCAAGAUGAAAAGAAAUAAGAAGCAAGCAAAGAUGAAAGAAAAAUAA